AUGAAUACGUCAAGUGAGUCUGACACGUACGAGAGGACCCGCGGACACAGGUCAAGAGGCAGGAGAAGGACCAGAGAAGUCCCAGCUGCAGACAUCUCUGAGAAAAUCAGCACUUUGGCAAAUACUCUGCAGAGCACAAGCAAAAACCUGAGUAAAGUGGACCGGCUGCUGGGUCAGUACAGGGACCACACAGAUGACCAAGCUGAAGCCAUGGCCCUGCUAAGGGAAAACUUGGAGGACUCGAUAAGCCAGCUGCAGGCCCAGCGGCAGAGCGGACGCAGCGGGACAAAAAGUGCCUCUGCUUCAGCCUCCCCUCUUCACACAAGUGACCUAGAUUUCUACUCAGAAUCGGAAAGUCGACGUUUCCACCCCACUUCCCCAUUGAGAGACUACAGGGGUUCUCCAGAAAGAACGAGGAGGUCCCACUCAAGUGUUCGCUUCAAGGAUGCACGGCUGACAGGAGAGGAGAUCCACACUUUGCACCAGUCCCUGAGGGAUCUUCGUAGUGACCAGCACAGGCUUGCAGACGACCUGGGCAGAGAAAUUCUCAGGAGAAACAGGGCUGAUAUUGACACGCGGCGAGCAAUGGAGAACCUCUCGGAGCAUAUGACAGCCUCACAAAGACAGGACGCGGAGUCGCAGUGUUUGCAGGAGCGGGACGUGACCUCGAAGUGCGGCAGGAGGACGGAGGAGCCUCCAGAACGCCACAAAAUCCAUGCCAAUGAACCAAAUGAGAGCAUCACCGAGAAGCUACUCCGAAUGGAGAGGGAACGUACCAAGAUGGAGGUGGAGCUGGACCGGGCACGCAGACUUCUGGAGAGGUCGGAGGACAGCAGAGAGACCCUGGUCCAACAGGUGGCGGACAUGAGCAGCGAAUUACAGAGGAGCAGGAAAGCCCACACUGAUGCACAGAGGGUCCAGGCACAAGCCCCCCACACUGAGGGGGAGAAGAGCAGGGGCACUGCAGGGGGCACAGGUGACUACGGAGGUCUUCCAGAUGGUUCAAACCUGGAGAAGGAGGUGGCAGAGCUUAAAGAGCAGCUGCGCAGAGCCUCAGUGAUGGGGGAGGUGGAGGAGCUGAGGAGGGCUUUGGCUCGAGAGGAGAGCGAAAAGAGGCAGCUCUGCUUACAGGUUAAGGAGCUGACAUCGGAUUUAGCGCUACGAGAACAGCAGCAGCUUCGUAUGCUCAACCAGCUUAAAGAGUUGCAGGGAUGUGAAAAAGCAGAGAAGCAGCAGCUGGAAGAGAUGCUGGAUGAGAGCAAAAGGAGUAGGGAUGAGCUGAGGGCCAAAGCCCAGGAGGCCAUCCGCCAGUGGAGGGCAAAGUGUAAAAGGCUCCAGAAAGAGCUAGAAGAGCAGGCAUCAGGGGGAAGGGAGUCUUCUUAUGCCCAGAAGAAGGCGCUGAGCCAGCAGACAGAGGCGGCCCGUCGGGAGCUGGCUGAAAUCCUAGGCCGCCUCGCCCAUCGGGAAGAAGAGCUGCGGCGCAAGGACGUGGAGCUGUCGGACAGUCGCCAACGGCAACUGUCUCUGGAACAGGAAGUCAGGGAGUUACACGAGGCCUACACGUCCCUAAAGCAGGAAGCACACAACCAGGCAUCAAUACAAAAGAGCCUAAAAGAAGAAAACCAAAGACUUGAGGAGCGCAUGGACUCGCAGGCCCGCAGACGACAGAAGGAGGAAGAUCAGCAGGCGGAUCUCCAAAAUGCCCUCAAACAGGUCACGUCCUCUCACGCUCAGCUAGUCCAGAGGCUCGCUGAGGAGGAGAGUCAGAAGGCUGAGCAGAGGAGAGCCCACUCGCAGCUCCAGGUCAAAAUAAAAUCCGUCCAGGAGGAGAGGGCGGCUCUGGGACAGCAGCUGCAGCUACAGACAGAGGUGCACCAGAAGGAGCUGGACAACAUCAGAGCAGCGCUGGAGGAGGGACGCUCCAAGAAGGAGAGGGAUCUGCAGGACAUGCUGAAGCUCUUCACACAGGAGCGCGACGAGAUGCAGAAACACCUGAAGGAGGUCAAAGCAGAUGCAGCUUCAGACCGAGAGCUGUGUGAGGUGCUGCGCAUCAAGCUGGACAGGAUGAAGGAUGAGUGCGAUAAACUGGCAGAGCAACUGAGCUCAAAGGAAGACGCGCUCUCCCUCCUCCAGAGAAAGAACCAGCUCCUGCGAGAACAACUGGACGACAAGGUGAAGUCAAAUGAAAGAAGGCGCACCUCCGAGUCAGAGGUGACUAUACUGAGGGAAAAGUUGUCAAAAUUGGAGGCAGAGCAAGAGGUUGUGCUCACAGCCAUGGGAGAGGAGCUGGACAUCGCCUGCCGCAGUCUCGCCAAGAACGGAGAGGACAAACUCAAGGCAAUCUUGCAGAAGCCUGGAUUAGUGCGAGACCCCCACCGCUGGUUAGCAGAGACAAAGUCCAAGGUCCGCUGGCUGAGCGAGGAGGUGCGUGAGCGUAACAAAAGAGAGCAGAGCCAGAGGAGGCAGCAUCAGCAAACCAAGGAUCAGCUGAAGGCCCUGAGGCACAGCCACCACUUGGAACAGGAGGAUUUCCUGCAGCGUUUGGACCAACAGGAAAAACUACUGCAGUCACUCAACAGCGAGAAGCAAGAGUUGCUGGAGAGAAGUCGCAAUAAGGAAGAUGAGAUGCGAAGUCUGCAAGACAGAGUUUUGGAGCUGGAGAUGAGCACCAGAACAGCCUUGGACCGUCUCGACGCCAUCCCAGAGAAACAGUCUCUUCUGGACAACUUUAAAGAUUUGGAGGAGUCACAGCGGCAGCGACAGCACGUGGAGCAGCGUUACUCAAAGUACAAAGAGAUCGUGUGGGACCUGCAGCACCAACUCGACGAUUCCAAACGCAAGAUCCAAGAGUACCGGGAUAAGAAGCUGGACGCCACAUCGCGGAGCCUGCGCCUGGCCGCUCUGUCGUCCUCCAUCAAAGACCCGUUCACCAGCGGCUCCCUCAGAUCCGACUCUGUGUCCGUCGCCAAACGCUCGAGCGCUCUGGACCUGAACGGGACUUUCACUGAUUAG